CUUCGCCGUGCAGCCAUGGACCAACUGCGGUGCCUGACCUUGAAAGUGCGAUCCUUCCAAAAGUCAAGCGACUAUGCAAGACAAGCUUGGAAUUUCUAUUGCGACUGCCAUGGUAGUGGCGUGAGGGAUCCACGGCGUCACACAAAGGAGUUCCUAGAGGCCUUUUUCAAGGCCGAAGAAGAAGGAGAUCUUGAAGGCCUAGAGGAAUGGAAGGACCCAGAGGAGACGAUCCGCUACAAGGUGGAAAUUGCCCUGCCAGAGGUUUCUGUUGCAGAGGUUGAAGCUGCUGAUGCCAGGAUGGUUCAGGCGCAGGCUGCCUCUUGGACCGAGCUAUGGCGAAACUUCCCCGGCUCUUGGCAGGGCAUCUAUGAGGCGCCCGCCAAGCUCGGAUAUGACCUUCAGAAGUACGACUUCCUGACGCUUUUGCGUGACAUGUUGGAAUGUCCACCUGAUGUUCCCUUGGAAAAGCUACAUGAAGUUGAAAGACCAGAAGAUUUCGAACCGUGCCAGCCACUUCACCUUGGCAUGACAUUGGCUGGAUUGCUGCCUCCAGCAUCAAGGCUGAAAAAGAAGAACCACUGCCGCAGCCAGUGGCGGAGUAGCGAAACCAGAAUCGAUUUUUUGGAGCUCUACAGGCGGUUUCUGAAGGAAGAGAUCUUACCAAAGUUGGCCGAAGCUGUUGGUUACACAGGCGACUUCUGUGCCGCUGUGCAGUCUGAGCCAGUGAUUCGAGUGGUAAUGCCCGGGCACCGCGCGACGAAAGCACAUCGGGACCAGCAUUAUGGCCACAUCCCUGAAGAGAUCAACUUCUGGCUUCCAAUCACAAGCGUGGCGGGCAGCAAUUCUCUCUUUGUAGAAAGCUUUCCAGGUCGUGAGGAUUUUCAAGCCUUCGAAGGAGAGAAUGGCGUGAUCUUCAGGUGGUGGGGAAACCUUUGCGAGCACUAUGCGGAGCCCAACUGCAGUGGCAACACUCGGGUGAGCCUCGACUUUCGAAUCGUUCCUGGCCGCUUUUGGGCUGCCGCCUUGGCUAGUGGCAGUGUGAGCGAGGCAGAGAGGAAGCGGAGACAUUAUCACGGAGGAAGUCUCGCAUCCAUCGGGUCCUAUUACACUUGGAUCUCCGGGAGCUGAAUCUGAUGGAGUCCUGGAGUCCUGAUGGUCGAUGCUUCAGCUGAAUCGACCUUGCAGCUGAACUUGGAGGCUACGGUAUUUGAGCCUUCGAGACUUGGAUAAUCUUGCGGAGCUCUGCCUCUUGUGAAUGGGGUCAAGAUCUUGACAAAGAUCGCUAUGGUUCUUUUUUGAGUGGGACGUGCUGGUUGAAUAUGCCUCGUAAGUGGCGUAUUUGCUUGCAGCGAGGACCACCAGCGCAGGUUGUCUUUUGGUGUGAAGGAGGAUUCCUGCCAGUCAAGAUACACCAAAGGCCCAGAUUGGCUUUGAUUCUAAGUCAACUACAGAGAAGUUGAAAUUGUGGAAAUGGCUUGACAUUGGAGAGCCAUUGUCUGUAUUCCAUUUGUUGACGCAGAAGCGGGGCAGCAUCGUGAAAACCCGCCUCUGCAUCGCAAAG